AUGUCUGCAAAUUUUCCUUUAACUGCCGAGCUAAUGCAGAAAUGUAUGUCGGUGAAUCCAUUUGAAGCAAAGUUCCGAGAAGCGAACAGGAAGCUAACCACGGGUGCUCUUGAGGCAAAUGGUCUCGUUCCGGCGACAAUGUCGCUGCCGAGUACUAACGAUCUCUCAGCUUUCUCAUUGCUAAAACUGCCUUCAUCCCUCUCGGAAUCCCCAGGAAUUUUCUCGAAUAUCAGCAUUCUACAAACGGAUGCUGAUGGAGUCGUCAACGAGAAUCUGAAAACUGCCGACAUAUCCAAGCUACUGCUUCAAGUUAGUGAUUUUUCAGGUUAA